AUGAUUGAAGGAACUACGCUACGAUGUGGUAGACACGCAAAACAGGUCGUCUGGGAAGCAGAGAGUCAUGAUCCCUUGACAUGGCUGUGCAGUCUUAGAUAUGGAAAAACUGAUACGAAAUUAGACAUUGGACGUCAGUGACAGGAGGUGAAUCUAUCCCCGAAAAGAGGAAGAGGAGGAGGGCGGGGGGGGGGGGGGCCACCGUGCCCUGCCUGGGACUAACGAUAUCGAUGCCAACAAAUACCAAAUGUUCUACAACAACGCUCGCGAAGGAAGCUCGAAUGGCCGAAAAGUAGCAAAGUCUUACGCUACGCCGCUACCCGUGAACAUUGACGGGCAUGCUGAGCUGUACGCACACACGAGCGGCACCUUACACGAGGCGAGAUACUGCAGUGGCAGAUAG